AAUACAGAAAUGUUUACAUGGAAGCGAUUAUUAAAGGCUUGGAAUGUUAGCAAAAGUGAUGCCAUCAUAAUUUUAUCUUAUGUUUACUAAAACAAGGCUCUCCAGAAAUGUGUUCCUUGAAGUUUUGGUUACUGUGCGUCUCCCCCUCAACUCUCCACACGGAGCUGUCCCAGCAGCCCCGACGUUCAGGGGGACGGAUGGACAGCAGUUACGGACUCCCCUCCACUGGGCUGCACACUGGAUUCCGGCUGCAGCAGAGGGGUCAAGAACACCCUAGCCUCUCCCUCCCCGCGCCUCCGACCUCAAAGGCUCCAUAAAGCUCUGUCACUUCCCCCUGACCCCACAGCAGCAGCUGCACCACCAGCCAGUGGCCGACGCGGACAGCACAGCUGAGCAGGCCUCGCUGCCUGCGCUCCUCCUGGCCAGUGCCUGGGGCAGGGCUGGUGGCCAGGAUGUCUGCUGACAAAGGCCAGUGGACACCACCCAAGGGCGAGGACACUGUGCCCGAGAAGCUGCUAAGGAAGAGCAGGGAAUCACCACUGGUGCCUGCAGGCCUGGCAGCCUGCCUGGCGGUGGCCGUGUACAGGAUCCACCGGCUGAGGGCUUGCGGCCCCACCAAGCUGUCCGUACACCUGAUCCACACGCGCGUGGCUGCGCAGGCGUGUGUCGUGGGCGCCAUUCUGCUAGGCACCGUGUACUCGAGGUACAGGGACUACGGCAGGAGGACGGCACAGGACGCCGGCAGCAAGCAGGGUCCCACGAGUGCCCAAUAAAGCAGAGCCUGAAA